UUUUCCUUUCUCGUCCUUUUUUUUUUCUUUCCAGGGGUGGUUAAGGCCAGAUGUGUGUUUGUGCCAAGACUUUUUCUUCUGCCUGUUUCCUUCUUUAAGGGCAGAUAAAGAGAAAACAAAUAAAGAAAGUGUUUGGAUGCAACUAUUGGCUCAAGGAGAAGCGGACAAGGGGGGAGGAAAGCAGGGAGAGGGAGGAGAGAGAGACAGAGAGAGAGAGAGAGAGAGAGAGAUGGAGGGGGUGUUGUGUGUCACCCUACACAGGGACCAUUUCCUCUGAAGGGAGGGAGAAGAAAAGCGGGUGAACGAGCGGCGAGCACAAGAGACCGGAGUGAGGUGUGCGAUAGGCGUGUGCGAGCGGCAGUAAGAGGAGAAGCUAUGGCAGCUGGCUCUCAGGACGGAGGGGAGAGCUUCUAAAAACAAACUCUCGGCUAAAUAGUGGUCGUGGCGCUGGAGGCCACAUUCUUAUAAGCUGGACUAUCGGGGCGGUGGGAAACAAAAAAAACAAAAAACAAAUUCCAAAUCACUCGAGAGCAGAGCAGGAGCCAUGAAGUACAGACCUCUGGUGGUGGCUAGUGACGGGGUGCGGGCUAUGAUGGAGUCGGCCCUGACAGCCAGAGACCGGGUGGGGGUGCAGGACUUUGUCCUGCUGGAGAACUACACCAGCGAGGCCGCCUUCAUAGAGAACCUGCGCAAACGCUUCAAAGAGAACCUCAUCUAUACGUACAUUGGCUCAGUGCUGGUGUCUGUUAACCCGUACAAAGACCUGGAGAUCUACACCAAGAACCACAUGGAGCGAUACCGCGGGGUCAACUUCUACGAGGUCUCUCCACACAUCUACGCAGUGGCAGACAACUCGUACCGCUCCAUGAGGACAGAGAGGAAGGACCAGUGCAUCUUGAUCUCGGGGGAGAGCGGCGCUGGGAAGACGGAGGCGUCCAAGAAGAUCCUGCAGUACUACGCCGUCACCUGCCCGGCCAGCGAGCGGGUGCAGACCGUCAAAGACCGUCUGCUGCAGUCCAAUCCCGUGCUGGAGGCCUUUGGCAAUGCCAAGACGUUGCGUAACGACAACUCCAGCCGCUUUGGCAAGUACAUGGACGUUCAGUUCGACUUCAAGGGUGCCCCGGUGGGAGGCCACAUCAUCAACUACCUGCUGGAGAAGUCCCGGGUGGUCCACCAGAACCACGGGGAGAGGAACUUCCACAUUUUCUAUCAGCUGAUCGAGGGAGGGGAGGAGGACCUGCUGAGGCGCCUGGGACUGGAGAGGAACCCUCAGCAGUACCAGUACCUGGUGAAAGGCAACUGUCCCAAAGUGAGCUCCAUCAACGAUCGCAGCGAUUGGAAGGUGGUGAGGAAAGCCCUCUCUGUGAUUGGCUUCAACGAGGACGAGGUGGAGGAGUUGCUGAACAUAAUCGCCAGCGUGCUCCACCUCGGCAACGUGCAGUACGGCAGCGAAGAAGGCAACGCAUGCAUCACUUCUGACACACAGAUAAAGUACCUGGCCAGGCUGUUAGGAGUGAAUGGGGCUGUGCUGACUGAGGCACUCACACACAAGAAGAUAAUUGCUAAGGGAGAGGAGCUGGUGAGUCCGCUGAACCUAGAGCAGGCCUCGUCGGCUCGAGACGCUCUGUCCAAGGCCGUGUAUGGACGCACCUUCACCUGGCUGGUUAACAAGAUCAACGGCUCCCUGGCAUACAGGGAUGACUCUUACAAGAGUUUCUCUGUCAUCGGCCUGCUGGACAUCUAUGGCUUUGAGGUCUUCCAACACAACAGCUUUGAGCAGUUCUGCAUCAACUACUGUAACGAGAAGCUGCAGCAGCUCUUCAUUGAACUCACCCUCAAGUCGGAGCAGGACGAGUACGAGGCUGAAGGCAUCACGUGGGAGCCGGUGCAGUAUUUCAACAACAAGAUCAUCUGUGACCUGGUGGAGGAGAAGUUCAAAGGCAUCAUCUCCAUCCUGGAUGAGGAGUGUCUGAGGCCCGGAGACGCCAGCGACUUCACCUUCCUAGAGAAGCUGGAGGAAAAUGUGGGAGGACAUGCACACUUUGUCACUCACAAGCUGGCUGAUGCAAAGACCCGGAAGGUGAUGGGCCGUGAAGAGUUCAGACUGCUGCAUUACGCCGGAGAAGUCAACUACAACGUCAACGGAUUUUUGGACAAGAACAACGAUCUCCUCUUCAGGAACUUAAAGGAGGUUAUGUGUAUGUCGGAGAACAAGAUCCUGACGCAGUGCUUUGACAGGGAAGAGCUGAGCGACAAGAAACGCCCCGACACGGCAGCCACACAAUUCAAAGCCAGUCUGGCGAAACUCAUGGAGAUCCUCAUGUCUAAGGAGCCGUCGUACGUUCGCUGCAUCAAGCCCAAUGACUCCAAGCAAGCAGGUCGAUUUGACGAGGUGCUGAUCCGUCACCAGGUCAAGUAUCUGGGACUGAUGGAGAAUCUGAGGGUGAGGAGAGCCGGCUUUGCUUACAGGCGGCGCUACGAGGUCUUCCUGCAGAGGUACAAGUCUCUGUGUCCAGACACGUGGCCUAACUGGGAGGGGAAGCUGUCAGAAGGAGUGUCCACUCUGGUCAAACACCUGGGAUACAAGCCUGAGGAGUACAAGCUGGGCAGGUCCAAAAUCUUCAUCCGUUUCCCAAAGACCUUGUUCGCCACUGAGGAUGCACUUGAGAACAGGAAGCACAGCCUCGCCACCAAGCUACAGGCGGGAUGGAGAGGCUACAGCCAGAGGUCCAAGUACCAAAAACUCAGAUCUUCAGCUAUUAAGAUCCAGGCGUGGUGGAGGGGGAUCCUGGCCAGGAGGAGGGCCCAGCGCAGACGACAGGCGGCCGAUACUAUACGCAGGUUUAUCAAAGGCUUCAUCUACCGCCACAAGGAGCGCUGUCCAGAGAACGAGUACUUCCUGGAUUACGUGCGCUACUCCUUCCUCAUGAACCUGCACAGGAACCUGCCCAACAACGUCCUGGACAAGAGCUGGCCGACUCCUCCGGCUGCUCUCACUGAGGCAUCAGAGCAUUUGCGUAAGAUGUGCAUGCAGAACAUGGUGUGGAGUUACUGCAAGAAGACCAGUCCUGAGUGGAAACAUCAGAUGGAGCAGAAGAUGAUCGCCAGCGAGAUCUUCAAGGACAAGAAGGACAACUACCCACAGAGCGUCCCCAAGCUCUUCGUCAGCACAAGGCUCAAUGGUGAGGACAUCAACCCCAAGGUGCUUCAGGCUCUUGGCAGUGAGAAGAUGAAGUAUGCAGUGCCAGUCACCAAGUACGACAGGAAGGGCUACAAGGCCCGCAACCGCCAGCUGCUGCUGACCGGCAACAGUGCCGUUAUCGCAGAGGAGGGCAAGCUCAAACAGCGCAUCGACUACGCAUCUCUGAAAGGCAUCUCAGUCAGCUCCCUCAGCGAUGGCUUGUUCGUUCUCCAUGUGCCCAGUGAGGACAACAAACAAAAGGGAGACGUGGUUCUGCAAAGCGACCAUGUGAUCGAGACCUUGACCAAGAUUGCCAUCUGUGCUGAGAAAAUCAACAGCAUCAACAUCAACCAGGGCAGCAUAAAGUUUACAGCGGGUCAUGGUAAAGAGGGGAUCAUAGACUUUACUCCAGGGUCAGAACUACUGGUGGGCAAAGCCAAGAACGGACACUUGUGUGUGACCGCCCCCAGACUGAACUCCAGAUGAUGGCCAUCCUGAUCACACACACACACACACACACACACACACACACCAGGACCUCUCCCAUCCGCCAAUCACACGACCGCAGACCCCGCUCUGCCUAAGCCAAUCAGACGCCAGCUGUCACUACAUGUGUGGCACGAGCUUCCAAUUAAACCAACAAAAGAAAAACAAAUAAAAAUCCAGCAAAACUAAUUGAUAUAUUUAUGUUUAUAUAUAAUAUUUUUGGGAUUAAUACUGUUGCUGUUUGAAUAUUCUGAUUUUAUAUAUGAGGCCAAGGAAUAACAAAUAUUUUGGUGCAUUUUUCUGGCACCGCGCGUGUUAAUUGUGCUUUAUCCGGGAACAUGACUGAGAUGAGGGAAAAGUUAGAACAAUUGAGGAGAAGGUGAUGGAAGUCAGGGUUAGUUGUUGCCUCUUUCUUUCCUUUUUGCUUUCUGCUUGACUUUAUUACCUUCCUGACGCUGCUUUUCUCUCUGGUAGGCUAGGUGGCUUGCUUUUGAAGCAUGAACGUGUCGAGACCGAGGCUGACAGCAUGUAGGACGGCUGAUGAGAGGUUCAGGGACAGGGGAGAGCAACUUUUUAAUCGCGCGGUGAUGUUUAGGUGCAAAACGAAAGGCUGUUAGUGUCAAGACUGCGGCUCGAUAAAUCCGAAUGAACGGCUGGAUGUACUACUGAAUAUAUCUCCAGAGUCUGUGCUUGGUUGUAUGAGAAGGGAGGUGAAAUCACUACAGCGUAUAGUGGAAAUGCUGCCAGGAACGAACAAAGUAUGUGAGAUGUGGGUGAGGUUGUGGCAAGAGAUGGGUCAACGGGACGAAGAGAGGAGGCAGCAGUCGUUUGCCUUGGCGCCAGGUGCUUGUGCCUUUCCCCUUCAGUUCUGCACAUUUAUCGAAGUAUGAAAAAACCAUGACACUCAGCGGCAGAUUGAGUCGAGUUAAGUGUAGGUAGAACUGGAGCUGCGCGUAGAGCAUUUGUUUUCUUGUUCCCCGCCUCAUAGUCUCAGCUUCUACGUCUGCUUCUCCUGCCUGACCUGCCUCUCGUCCAUGGAGAACCAUAGACGUGUGCUCGCUACAGUCUGACCAUCAUGAAUCCACCCAGCCAGGAUCUAUAGCUAAACUUCUCUUUCUUAAUGCAACAACUCAAACCUUAAAGCAGCCUGUUGUGCAUUAGUGGUAAAAUUCAGUUUAGCUAAAAUGCUAAAGGCCAAAAGAAGUGUUGUUGUUUGUUUUUUUUUUAAACUGUAGCUGUUCUGUGUUGAAUCCAGCCAGGAGACAACUAGUUUAAGUUUGUAAUGAACGCCUCAUAUUUAGACCAACUGUUUUCCGGUGGAAGGAUACCUACUUUUUUACUUUACACAUUAUCCAUCACAAAUAACUCCCACAUUUUUUCAUUUAACUCCCAAAGAACCUCACACUUCGUAGGAUAAAACCUUCUCAAAGCUUAAUGCGACACUGAAAAUCUUUGUUUCUCUUUCUCUGCGUGGCACUGGGCGGCGAGGCAGGUGCAAUAUCCCGAGGCAGGGCCGUACCGCUGCGCUUACUGGCCAAAGACCAUGUUGAUUCCCAGUGAUUCUGUGCUGUAUGAUUAAUAUGAUUUAUUACUGUGUCGAUGUUAUGUUUCUGUCCCAGGAGGGAGACGUGUAUGUACAGUGUGUGUUCUGUGUUAAAAAAAAAAAAAGAAAAAGAAAAAAGAGUGAUUCAAACCAAGUAAAGGUUUGAUGAUGUGAAACGUUUGGGGCGUGUUUGUUUGACUCGUUCACGUGCCUUUGUCUGAUAGCAAUACGAGAUGUGUGUGUGGGAGGAGAAAUACCUCUUUGAGUGUGGUUUUCUAAAGGCCCCCCCUCCCUCUCUCUGUGUAUAAGCUUCACUCAAACCAAGUCCUACGUUUUCUGUUGAUUUACAGAUGCACUCCUGUCCCCAGCCACUGACUUACUGUAUGCACCAAACCGAUGUAUAAUUCUGCCAACACACUAAAAAAUACAAUACUUAAGAUCUAAAAAAUGAAUAAAAUUGAACAAUAAAUAUAAACUGGUGAGUGUU